GGUAAUUAUUAAUCAACGAAUCACAAGCCUCAUUCCAGCUAGCUGGUUCACAGCAGGCAACUACUAUGACGUUCUUGUCGAGUAUUUAACCUUGUGACCAUCGAGUUGCAACAAAUAAAUAGAUAAAUAAAUCAGUAGCAAAAAAAAAAAAAAAACAUUUGCUGCUACCUCGAGACGUCGAGGUCGAUCGACAACGCAGCAUCAUCGAUGACACGACUUUUUAUUUCCCAGAAGAAAAGAAAAAAGGAAAAAAGCUGAUCGUCAGUGGGCACUAGGCGCGUGGGCCCACGAGAGGGGAAAAAAAUGUUAGAAGUGGGCCCGACGUGGCAGCCCGUCCGAACCGGGCUAUAAAUAGGGCCCUCCUACACUUGUCUCCCUCCCUUUUCCCUCUCCCGCCACUCGCACGCCACCCUCCAGCUUAAUUACUACGCUUGCCGUGACGCUUCUGCCCCUGCGCCAUGGCCCUCUCCGGCGUCGACCUCGAACUCGAGGCCUUCCUCGCCUACCUCGGCUCCGACUUAGACGCGCCGCCCGACCUCCUUCUUCCCAUGCUCACGUCGUCGCCGGAGGAGGAGGGCUCGGCUCCUGCAACGCCGUCGCCGAUGGAAGCACCCAUGGCCACGUCGUCGCCGGAGGAGGUCGACGGGCUGUUGAUGACCCCAGCAGGCGGUCCGUCGCCGCUGGAAGCGCUUCCCAUGAUGACCACGUCGUCGCCGGAGGAGGGCACGUCGUCGGGCUCGGCGGGCACCGUCGCGGCCGCCGGGGACGACGACAGGGAGCGGAGGAGGCUCCGCCGCAAGGUGUCCAACCGCGAGUCGGCGCGCCGGUCGCGCGCGCGCAAGCAGCGGCACCUCGAGGAGCAGCGCGCCGAGGCCGCCGCGCUCCGGGCCGGGAACCGGCAGCUCGCCGAGCAGCUCCGCGUCGCCAAAGCGCGCGCAGGGCUCGUCGCGCUCGCCAACGCCCGCCUCUGCGCCCAGGGCCAGACCCUGCGCCGCCGCCUCAACGCCGCGAGCCAUGCCCUCGCCCUCAGGCAGCUCUACGCCGCCGCGUCGGCCUCCGGCGGCGCCCUCGACAUGCAGGCGCUCGCCUCGCUCAUCCGGUAGCGCACGACAAGGAUGCUUUUUGACCUCUGGUGCACCGAUGGAACGAACGAACAAACGAGGAACGUACGUGACGGGCUGCAUGCUAUGAAUCACAACCCAUAAGAAGCUA